CAGCGCCGGCCCAGCAUGGACAGCAAACCGCUGCUGCAGGAGCGGCCCCCCGCCUACAGCCCCGCCGCGCCGGGCGCGCCGGGCUACGACUACGGGCACGGCAACUACGGCGCCAUCCCCGCCCCGCAGCCCGGCUUCCAGCCGCCCCCGCCGUACUCCUACCCGGGCGCCGCGGCCGCCCCAGGGUAUGCUGUUCCUCCACCGACAUCACAGCCGAACUACUCGAGCACGUACACCAUCAUCCAACAGCCUGCCACCACCACCUCUGUGGUAGUCGUUGGUGGCUGUCCUGCCUGCAGGGUUGGCGUGUUGGAGGACACCUUCACCUGUCUUGGUGUUUUGUGUGCCAUUGUAUUCUUUCCAAUUGGGAUUCUGUUCUGCCUUGCACUGAGGCAGAGAAGAUGCCCCAACUGUGGGGCAGCUUUUGGCUGAGGGGCUGAAUGUGGACGUGCUUACUGAAGCUACAAUUGUUAGCAUACUCUUUCUAAUGUAAAUGUCAUGUACAAUCAUUUUAUUUGCUUCAGACCUGUUUUGUAAAGUGUGAAGGAAUUUAGUCUCUUGCAUGUAAUUUAAACUUAAUCUUUUAUGAGCAUGUGCAUUGCAAAACAUGAAAACCUGACUUGUUUUCCAUGUUUAGUGGCACCUGUUGAAAACUAAAUAAAACUGCUUUUCCUUUUGCAAUCCUCAA